AUGAAAGUCUUCGCCAUCCUAACUCUCUUGUACUCCACCGCAGCAGCCACCGGCAUCAAUUGUAAUGGAAACGCCAACUGCGUCGGCACACCAGAAUGUAGACUAUCCGAUCUCAUCUUGCAAGUCAGCCAGCAAGAUCCUAGCACAUCAUACAGCCCAGGUCAGCACAUUGCCUGUUGCGGCAUACCUGGCGGCAAUAUCUGUGCGUUCACUCAGGGCAUUAGCAAUUCGAUUACAGCUGGGGAAGCCUUGGGUAUGCUACAGGGACUAUCCGCUCACGGCUGUGGCCAGUGCGGCAGUAUUCCCUUCAAGGACAACAAUGUCGCCGAAGGAGAAUUGACGGUCAACUGGACUGAUAACUAG